AUGAAGAACGCGGGCGUGGACGCGUUCCUCGUCCCGUCGCAAGAUCCGCACUUCAGCGAAUAUGUCGCGACGUGCUACGAGCGCCGGGCGUGGGUGUCCAACUUCACCGGCAGCGCGGGGACGGCGCUCGUGACGCGCGACGAGGCGCUCCUGUGGACGGACGGGCGCUAUUUCCUUCAGGCGGAGAAGGAGCUCGGCGAGGAGUGGACGCUCAUGCGAGGGGGGCAGCCGGGGGUGCCGGAACCCAAAGCGUGGCUCCGAGACUCCAUGCCGAAGAACAGCAAGGUCGGCGUCGACGCGAACGUGCACUCGCUGAACGAAGCGCGCGCGCUGCGCGCGGCGCUCGAGGCCGUCGGGUCAUCCCUCGUGUGCGUGGAGACGAACCCCGUGGACGAAGCCUGGGGCGCGGACCGACCGGAGAAGCCGACGGCGCCGCUGCGUUUGCACGCGGCAGAACACGCGGGGAAAUCCGUAGAGGAUAAACUCGCGGAGGUUCGCGAGCGGCUGAAGAAGAACGACGCGGACUACCUCGUCGUGAGCCCUCUGGACGAGGUCGCGUGGCUGUUCAACGUCCGCGGCGGCGACGCGGAGUGCAACCCGGUCGCGAUCGCGUACGGGCUCGUCGGCACGUCCGACGCGACGCUGUACGUCGACGAGCGGAAAGUCUCGGACGACGUCAGAGCGCGUCUCGUCACGGCGGGGAAGAAGAGGAAAACAGCCGCGGACGACGCCGACGCGGCGGACGCGAAGCCUCCCCGCUCCGCGAUCAAAGAGGGCGUCUCCCCGAUCCCGCUCGCGAAGGCGGUGAAGAACGAGGCGGAGCUGAAGGGGAUGCUGGAGGCGCACCUGCGGGACGGCGUCGCGAUGGCGUCGUUCUGGUGCUGGCUCGACGCGGAGGCGGCGGCUGGGAGGACGCACGACGAACACGAGAUCGGGACGGUCGUGAGCGGCUUCCGCGCGAAACAGGCUGGGUUCAUCGAGGAGUCGUUCGCGACGAUCGCGGGGGAGGGGCCGCACGGCGCGAUCAUCCACUACCGCGCGUCGAAAGCGACCGCGCGCGACGUGACCCCGGACUCGUUGCUUCUGUGCGACAGCGGCGGGCAGUACGACUGCGGGACGACGGACGUGACGAGGACGCACCACACCGGAACGCCCACGGCGUUCCAAAAAGAAGCCUACACGCGCGUGUUGCAAGGCCACAUCGGGCUGUCCACCGCGGUGUUCCCGAUCGAGACGAGCGGGUUCGUCCUCGACGCGUUCGCGCGCAGGAGCUUGUGGCAGGCGGGGUUGGACUACCGCCACGGCACCGGCCACGGCGUCGGCGCGGCGUUGAACGUCCACGAGGGGCCGCAGUCGAUCUCGCCGCGGUUCGGGAACCCGACCGGGCUGCUCCCAGGGAUGAUCCUCUCGAACGAGCCGGGGUACUACGAGGACGGCGGGUUCGGGAUUCGCAUCGAAAAUUUGCUCGUCGUCAAAGAGGCGCCGACGUCGCACACGUUCGGGGAUAAAAAAUAUCUCAUGUUCGAGCCACUGACGUUUAUUCCGAUUCAAAAGAAGCUCAUCGAUUGGUCGCUGAUGAGCGGCGCGGAGGUGAAGUGGCUGAACGAGUAUCACGCCAGGGUGUGGGAGCUCGUGUCGCCGAGAGUGGAGGACGAGGACGUCAAGGCGUGGCUUCGCGAGGCGACGAACCCGGUAGAGGUGAAGGUGACGGUCGUGGGGUAA